CUAUUCAUUUGAUAUCUUUGGUUUGUUACAAUGGCAGUAGAUAAUCUACUUCUAUUAUUUCUGUUUCUUCUGACCUUCAAAACAGGGUUCAGUGCUGAGAUCUCUGUGUUUGUGCAGACGGGAGAUUCUGUUCAACUGGAUAUACAGACACAGAAACUACCAGAGUUUGAUCUUUUAUCCUGGAGAAAUGAUAAAUCAGAGAAUGUAGUUAAAUAUAUAAGUGAAACUAAAGGAGUAAAACCUCUCAAUUCCUACAAAGACAGAGUGGAUUUCAAUGAUACAACCUUCUCUCUCACACUGAAGAACAUGCAGAAGACAGACAGUGGACUCUAUACAGCAAUAGCAAGUGGAGAUUCAGAGAACAAUAUUGCUACAUACAGAGUAUCUGUUAUAGACGCUGUGGAGGCUCCUGUUCUGACUGUAAACUCAAACUGGUUCAGCGGUAACUUCUGUACUGUGAACUUCACAUGCAGAGCUCAUGACCUCAUGAUAAACUCUAGCUAUCAGAACAACAGAUGUAUUGCACAGGAAGUGACAUCACAAAUCAACACUCUAAACCUGAACUGCAGUGAGGAAUCCAUCAUCUGUAACCAUAGCAACCCAGUUAGCUGGAAAAAAGACAGAAUAAACAUUGCACCGCUCUGUGUCAAUAAUAAAGGUAUCUGGCCAGACACACACACACACACCAUUUAG